GACGCGUCGUCGAAACGACGGCGUGUGUCCCAUUCUUGUUUUUCAGGCUUGAAUAUCCCAGUGGUCUCUUUUACUUUGUUUCACGCUGCAGAUCAUGUCUUCAGUACGAAAAACCAUACGCUCCAUGCGAAUCUUGGCUCUUCCACUUGCUCGACCCAAAAUACCGCCCGAGGCGGUGUCAAACCCGAAUGCUAUAUACAAUCCAAACCGAAUGUUAAUUUACUAUCAUUUUCAUCUCAUUCCUUCAAGUACAAGCGGAACCCAAGAGAAUGGUCAGUCUAGAAUAAAACAGCUGAUGACACGAGCGUCAACCAAAGCUGCGGGUGUAUGGGCUGGAUUUGGAAAAGCACCCGAAGGAACCUGGAAGUUAAAGACCUACGAGUACGGUGAACGCCUUGUCGACAGGAUUGACUUUGAAGAGCUUGCUUUAAAGAGUGUUGACCCGUCCCUUGGGCCUUCUAUACCACAUCCUGACGUCACUGGGCAGAAAUUAGAAGAUUUACAAGAAGGUAGUAAUAUAGAAAAAAGUCAAGAUAAUCACAUUUCGCUCAUAUACCCUCCAUCUGUCUAUACAUCAUUAACUACAACGGCUGCUUCUCAACUUACGCAUCCUUGCAUUAUCCAUCUUCGUGCCCUUCUUACCACUCGAAUACCUCGACAUCGUAGAGGGUUUUGGGCAUGGAUGAUUAUUGCUCCUUUCACGGCGCCUUUCAUGCUUAUCCCUGUGAUACCCAAUCUUCCAUUCUUCUUCUGUGUUUGGCGUUCAUGGUCCCAUUAUAGAGCCUAUCGAGCAUCGCAAUACCUCUCAUCCCUUCUCGACCGUAAUCUAAUCGUACCAAAACCAAGCGAGGAGCUUGAUAGUUUAUACUUGGCACAUUCUUCUACUUUGCGCACUUCCCCAAAAACGCCGUCAUCCACCCCAUUACCUUUCGACAGUGACCCCCCUCUUAAUUCCGAUGGAUCAAUAUUAUCAUCGUCAACACCCCCUCCAGCUGAUGAAACGAACGCUGCUGCCAAUUCUUCUCAACGUCUUCUAUUAACGCGUAAAUCUAUCCCGGCCAUACUUGAACUAUUUGGUCUUCCCUCGACUGCAGGGGCUGACAUGUAUCGCGCCUUCGAGCAAGUCAGGGGGCGUAUUGGGGGAAAUACUGGAAGGUGAAUAGAGGUGUAGGAAAUAUAGAUUAUUCAUGAUCAUUGGUACAGCAACACGUUUUAUGAAAAAACGUUUUAAGUUCAUCUCGGAGCUUGGUGCAUUGCAGACAUUCUCAUCUCUCUAAGCACGUUUCUGCUUGUCGGGUAAGACCCGCCGCAUUCCUGUCGUGAAUCUUUUCUAUGUGAUAUCGGCAUCUGUACAAUACUUCAAGAAAUUGCAUCUCUACGUUUAUGCCUUU